UGGAAUUGCUCCAUUUCCAGCAUGGCGGGGCAAUCCGAUCGCCAACGGUAGACGUGACAAAGGAGAUCUUUGUACCUAGCAGCUUGGAUGGAAUCGAUCGCGGAAGACUUCGAAUGAUGGGCAACGUUGUGGAAUGGAGCAUUGCGAACGGAUACGUCAUUGAUCGCACGUUUGAGUUUCCGCAACCAGUGUUGGACAUUGCUCUUGUCGAAUUCAACGACGACGAUGGAAGCAGCGUGUGCAUCCUAGCGAGACCAGACCGCAUGACGGUAGUCACUCCAUCAGGUUCCACCAUCGACGUUCCGUUGCCCUUCCAAGCCACGUCGAUCUUUGCCAUGCAAAAGGGUUUGUUGCUCGAACGAUCCAAGCAUCCGCCGUCGUCGGCCAACAUGCCCGUGCUGUUCAGUUUGAUGCACCCCCUGGACGAGAUCAAGCCCGUGGUGGUGCAAGGCGACCCGUUGCAACCUCUAGAUCACUGUGCGUUCGUCUCCGAUCCCGUCGAGACCCUCGUGUUCGUCCACGCCGCCGCCCCGUCCUUUCUCGCGUUCUUCCAUCCCGACCACCGCACCUUCCGCGUCAAGUCCAUCGCCCACGUUGUGAGUCCACGGGACGCCAAGUCCACGUCCAUUGUGCCCGAGAUAGCCCUCCGCCAGAUUUGGGAAAGUCCAUGCAUCGCAACGUCGACGCCGCACAAGCUCGCGUGCAAGCUGUUCGUUACGUCCAACGUAGACCUAUCGCCCAUCCUUUGCAUCUUCAAUCCAUCGAGCGGUGAGCUUGUCAUGCAGCCCAUGAGCAUCAUCGUCCCUACCCCAAGCUCGACCUCGCCGCUUCCUCCUCCUGUCACCUUCCCGUCUCCCACGAUCCUUCGUUGUCGAUUGGCAUGUCCUGUGCUUCGCAAAUGCACCACCACUUGUCAACAAAGGUCGCUUCGAUCGUUCGACUUGGUCGUGGUUACACUGGACCAUACAUGGGAAUUAUACCGUCAUCUCCACAAGAUCUGCUCCCUCGCGCUUCCCGUUCGACAACCGCCUGUCCUUCCCCAUCAAGUCGUCGCGAUCAAAGACACCCCAUGCGUCCAUACCAUCGAAGUACAGGUCGCCGGCACCCCCGACACGUCGUUGCGCCUCGUGCUACCCCUCGACUUUACUUCGGCAUUGCUGGAACGCGCUUUCGAAUGCUUGGACGCUGUCGUGCCGUCAUUGGUGCUGUUGUGGCGUGUACGUAUUCGCACAACAACCCCAACGAACGACUGGCAGGCAUUUACGUCGCAGCUACUGGUUGCCGCGCUUCCGCCGGUUGAAAAGGUUGGCGAGCCUUCCGCCCCCGCCCCGUCGACAACAUUGGUCUUUGCUACGGCCUACGAUCGUCUAGUUGCAACCGAGUCGUUCCAGAAGCUAGCCCACGCCCAACCCAAGAUCUUUGGUCGCCCGUCUCCUCCUAGUCCUUCCACCAUCGACGACCACCCCAUGGAUUGCGUGGACCUUGUCGCCCAAAUCCGAGUCCAUCUCCCGACGGUGUUUACAACUUUGCACUUGCUCUACGAAGACUUGAAGCUGUCCACGAGCUCGUUCCCGUGGCUGCGUCCAUUGGGCGUCGUCCUGCAUGCGGUAGCCCAUGCCACAGCCUUGCCUGCGUACAUGCAGCAUUACGUUGCCGACCUCGGGCCCAUCCCCGUCAUGUCCACAAAUCGUGAUUCAAAGGGGGACAAAAACCCUUCAAAUCUGUUCAAGUCGUUGCAAAAUGCAUCGGCGCCGGCAGACGUGUACGGGUGGGUACAGCGACGUAUGGCCAUGUUUCACUACCAUCGCCUGCACAACUCCCGAGUCAGCCGCUUCGGCACGACAACCUUGUUCCCGACGUCGCAUCUGUUUCCCACCACCCAACACGUCGUCGCCCUCUACUCCAAACUGUACCCCGACGUCGACUCGUUGCAUCCCGUGCGCGCCCAAGAUGUUGUCCACUACCUCGUGACAAUCCCCGCUUUUGAGCACUUGAUGGACGACUUGCCAGACGGCGUAGCGCUGCCGCUGAGGUACGCGCGAACGAUUUGCAAGCACGCGCCGGGUAACUCGUGGGAUGCCGCCACGUGCCACGUCAUUCAACGGCCCGACUGGGUCGGUCAGGGGGGUCGACAAGAAGACGGCGACGCCGCCUCGAAAAAUCGACCAGCCCCGCCGGACGAUGACGACGGGUUCGACGACGUCAUGCACCUCCAUGCCCCGUUGUUCCCGACAGACCUCCGCCUCAAAGAAGUCGGGCGGUUGCUUCGAUCGAAUAAGAUCAUGUACCUCAAAAUCCCCCUUGACCCGAGCCUGUCGGAUAGCGACGUGAUCAACAUGCAGCAAGCGCGGCUGCUCAUGUUGUGCAAGCGCUCCAUGGCCUUGCCUGUGGCCAGAGGCAUGGUCACGCUGGGCAGCCUCACGCCCGCUACUGCGACGACGACAUCGUGGAUAGCGCCCCUGCCCAUUCCUCCCAUGCCGCUCGCCGCGCGCAUUGCCGAGUCCAACGCCAAGAUCCACUUGGACUCGAGCACGUACAAAGAGCUGACUUUGUGGCCGCAAUUUCACAACGGUGUGGCCACGGCCCUGCGCCUCCCACCCGCCCUUGAGACGAACGUGACGGUGCAGUGGAUUUUCUCACACAAACCCAAGCCGCCCACGACAGACGACGACCACGAUCCGAUGGCCGCCCACGCCGGGUUUGUGCUCGGCCUCGGGUUGCGCGGUCACUUGAGCCAGUUGUCGCAAAGCGCCAUCUUCCAAUACUUGUCGAUGGACCACGAAUUGACGUCCGUGGGGCUGCUACUCGGACUCGCCGCGACUUCGGUCACCCGACCGAAAGAUCUGACGCUGGAGCGAUCGGCGACGCGCGUUCUGUCGCUGCACAUUCCGUCGCUGCUUCCACCCACGUACUCGCACGUGAAUAUCACGCCUUCCGUGCAAACAGCGGCGCUGAUUGGGUUGGGGUUGGUGUACCAAGGCACGGGCAACCGCAACAUGACUGAAAUCAUGUUGUCCGAGGUGGUAUCGGCCCCUGUUGUAAUGUCGCCCACGUCCUCCCAGCCCAGUGUCGACUUGAGCCAAAAGGAAAGCUACGCGUUGGCGGCGGGCGUGGCCGUGGGAUUGAUUGCGCUGGGUCGUCGGAACGACCCCGGGCUUGCGGAUCUGCAGCUGGAGGCGAAAUUGGUCAAGUACAUGGUGGGGGGGUCCCGCAAAGUUCGACCCAUUCCUGGCAACUGUGUCUUGCGCACCAAAACCAAGUCCCCGUCUCGUGAGUACGUCAAUGUCGACGUCACGGCGGCCGGCAGCGCGCUCGCGUUGGCGUUCAUGUACAUGCACAGCAACAACGAGCGCGUCCGCCAGCAACUAGCGAUUCCCAACACGAUCGUGUCGCUCGAGGCGAUUCGGCCCGACCUGCUGUUUGUCCGCGUGGUGGCAUCGAAUGUAGUGGCGUGGGAUGCAAUUCGGCCGUCCGAGGAGUGGAUUCACGGGCACCAGCCGCCGUGUUUUACCAGCGAUGGGCCUGUGGAUCCGCCGACGGCGCAGGAAGGGUACGCCAACAUCCUCGCCGGCGCUUGCUUUAGUGUGGGACUCAAGUUUGCAGGGUCACACGACGUGGUGGCCAAGUCGACGCUGUUGGCGUGCAUAUCCGACUUUUGCGAGUGGCGCAGCAAAGCCAAAGCCGUGAGUCGGGUGACAUGGGAGCGGUGCUUGGGCGUGUUGACGCAAUCGUUGGCGCUCGUCAUGGCCGGGAGUGGGGAUUUGGACACGUUUCGAGCGCUGCGGGUCGUGCUGCUGCGUCAGAAAGCGGACGCAAUGGCAGACGUCACGUACGGCAACCACAUGGCCGUGACCAGUGCGCUGGGUCUGCUGUUCCUGGGGGGCGGACGGUGCGCGUUCCAGUCGACGCCGUUUGCCAUUGCCGUGCUCGUGGUGGCCUUCUUCCCCAUGUACCCGAGUAAAACGUCCGAUCAAAAGUAUCAUUUGCAAGCGCUGCGACACUUGUACGUGCUGGCCAUCGACUCGAAUCGGUUUGUCGAGACCAUCGAUGCCGACACGGGCGCGCAGAGCCCGGUGGACUUGGUCAUUUCGACAACAGGAUUGAAGAACCACAAGGUGGUGCGGACGCCCCAUUUGCUUCCUGCGUACGACAAGCUCUCAGUCCUCUCAUCGCGGCACUUUCCCGUUAAUGUCAAUGUCAAAACGGUGGGGAACGAGGAUGAUGGAGGGAACGCCAAUGCUUGCCGCGUUCAAACGCUAAACGAACGCCGUCGCAUAUAUGUGAAGCGAAAGCAAGGCGACUUGGAUAGCCCCCAGCUGGCCCUGCUACGGCAGUUUCGGCGGUGGUUUGUCCACGAUACGUCGUCGCAUACGAAUCAUGCGUUUUGCAAACGGGUGUGGCAAGAAUGCGAAGUCCAGCAAAAGCCACACGUGUUGGCCGUGUAUUUGAAUGCCAAACACACCGAAGUGGCCGUGCUAUCCGAUGCGUUGGCCCACUCUUUGAAUGUGUCGACGCUGCACUUGAUGCACCUGCACAUGGAAGUCGAAGGCCACAUGUUUCCGUACGAACUACCCAUUGAGGCGGGCGCGUUCGACCACGAGAAGGAUCAGCACGAUGAUUUGGGCGUCGCGCAACUUGUAAACGAAGACUUUGUCCUCGGCUACACGAACGCGCUCUUGCGAUACUUUUCAGAGCUCCAUCCAAAUGAAAACGUGGACACGUUGGCGCAGUGUGCGCACCUGCGCUUCCUUGGCGAUCACAUGCUGGCCCAGCUCGAAUAGAAACCAUGGAGUAAAAGACUACAAUAACCUUGGACAAAUCGCAAUAUAUAUUAUGUCAUAUUAUGUCAUUCUAGUUAACGGACGACGACAGCUGUGCACGGCAUUUGGCUUGCAUUGUGUACGAUGCAAGGGACUUAUGCAGGGAUAGGCAGGGCAGAUUUGAAGCUUGACGGCACUGGAUAGAGCGGCGCCGUUGUCGGCAGUGCGAGGAGAGUCGAUGGAGUCGAGGAGAUUAUGAUUUGAUCACUGAUCAUCCCGAGGUCUCGCUCCACGAUGAGAACGAUUGAUUUUGUGAUGAUUGGCGAAGUUUUCGCUGCAGGGGUUUGAUCGUGGCAGGUCAGACGUACAAGGCCUUGGACAUGGUUGCCAUUUCCACAGAGCUGUAGUACAGGUGCGGGGCGUCUUCUUCCGUGAUGGACGGAAUGCGCCGGACUCGCACGUGAUUGCUGAAUUGGACCCGCGACGGCGACGGUUGAGUCGCCUUGGGCGGAGUGAGGUCGUGAAAUGCUUGCAACCACAUCGCCCACUGAGACCUCGUGGUCGCAGUACCGCGUAACCAGUGCCCGCUUUCCGUGCACAGCUGAAUACCAAGGUCCCGCUCGUGCCAGACUUUGCCUUCCGUGACGCAGUGUAGCGUGGCCUUCUUGCCGCUCGUGAUGGUCAGCGCAUUUCCAGUGAGCGUCCACUGCUGUUGCUUGGUGCUCUCGCCAAGCAACCAGUGGGGCUCGGUGACGUGAAUGCGAGAUGUCGUCGUGGCAGGCUGCUCAUUGUUCGGGUUGGGUGGUGGCGGGUCGGUCAUUUCGAUUUUGUCGUUGAAGAAUGGCGACGUGGAAUCAGCUGUUGGCGCUUGGUUUUAUCCCAGUGGCAAACUUCAACUUGG